CAUUUGUAUUGCUUUACUUUAACAUAUAUUACAGUUGUUUAAUUUAAUAUUUUUUACCAGAACUAUACAUAAAUUUGCCCUAUAUUUUUAUAAUUUAAGAUAACAUAAUAUUAUCUCUUACCUAAUGUAAAAUCAAAAUGGGUUUUGCAGUUCAGUUUGUAACUCCGAUCUCAAUCGACUUGCAAACGAACUUGCCAGAAACGCGUUAUUCGAUUGUCGACAAUAAUAUAUUGAAGCAGCUGUUUUCAUUAUUUGAUAAUUACCAAUUAAUUGUAUUUACGAAUUUUGUUACAUUAGAAAAACUGUCAUUUUAUAAAAAGACGUUUAUGUCGAGAUGGAAAUAAAGAAUUCCACCGAUAUGAUUGAAGAAAAUGGGAAUACCACAGUAAAUGUUGCUUCAACGUUUGAAAAUUACCCAUUUUCAUGGAUUGCUUUGCAGCAAAAUUCAAAGUACAAAAAUGUUAUUAAUGCAAUAAAUCAACUACUAAGUAUGUACCAUCCUGAUGAUGGUAUAAAUGCAUAUGAGCAUGUACUGAAAACAUUACUUGUUUUGUCUGAAAAUUUUGACAGUAAUAUGCAAGAGUACAUCAUUUCUAUCAUACCACUGCCAAAAGGUGCUUCAGAUAUUGCGAUAAAAGACAUAAUUUGUAAAACUAUUGACCUAAUUAAAUCAGCUAAUAAUAUGGCUGCGUAUCAAAAUUCUGUUCCUGAAAAUAAAUUUAACACAGAAGGUUUGGAUGAAAAAUCAAAGAUGCAUCUGAAUCAGAAUAUUUUGGUUAAUACAUCUUCUCAAAAUUUUGAAUUUAUAUCGUCAGUACCAGAAGUAUUUCGAGGUUUCCCUCCUAAUGAAAUUUCUAUGAUUCAUAGUCAUGUAAAAAAUGUGAAUUAUGUGUAUAAUACAUUAGAUAAUAACAUCCCACACAUAGAAGCUUGUAUUAAUAUUAAACAAAACUUUUUAUCAAAUGUUAACGAAGAAGAGGAAUCAUUAAAGCUUCAGUCAAAAUUAGAAUGGCUUCAGACUCCACAUUUUCAGUUAUCAAUUGAUAAAUUUAAUAACUAUAAUCAUUGCAAUAUAGCUAAUGUACCUCGUACAUUAUACCAGGAUGAUACAUAUUUUAAAAGAAAAUUCUAUAAAAAUGGAGUUAUUUUAAAUAAGCAGGAUAAAAAUGGAAUUUCAAAUUUAAGAGGAACACACAAUAGUAAAUACUCCUUAAAAUCAGAAAUGAAUUGCAAAGCAGUAUACAAUGAAGAUAUAAAUCAAGAUUUAAAAAAGAAUAAAAUUAUAAAUGAGGAGAUGUACAAACAUUAUGUACAAGAGUUGAGAAAUGAACAAGUAAUUCAACAAGAUAUAUAUAAAAUGGAUGUUGUAUGUUAUGAUGAGAAAGAAAAAGAUACAGUAAUGAAUUCAAAGACGUUAGAAGAAAAUAAUUUUAUAACGAAUAACUUUGUAGCACAUAGAAAACUUAAAAAAAGUUUAUACAGUUUUCUAAAACGUGCAGAACAGGAAAUUUUAAUUGAAGUUCCAAUAUUCCCUCAAAUCAAAUCUGUGCAUAUAGCCCCUCCCACAUCCAAAUGUUGGGAUUCUGUAACUGAGAAAAAUCUGGAAAAUAAGAAUGAAUUAGAUUUUUUAUUAAAUACUAAGAAAUAUGUAAAUGUAUCAGAGAAUAUAAACAAAUAUACUGAAAAGAAGCCAUUAAGAUCAAUGAAUAUUUAUCCAAAAUCAGCACAACUGCAAGUGCUUCAUAGAAAUUUGAACACAGUAAUUGGUAAAACCCAAGCAAUAGAAUGUGAAAAAAAGGAUAAUAUAGAACAUUUACAGUACAAAUAUACAGUGAAGCAAACAAAGCAAAAUAAUUGUAACACCUUACAACAAUCUGCAUCUAUUACAAAGUUGGCUACAUUCAAAAAACAAUAUUAUGAUACAUUACUCAAUAUUCAGAAAGCUAAAGUGGCAGUGGCAAAUUCCAUGGCAUUGUCAUCCGUGGAAACUUCUACCAAAUAUGAUCCGUGUUAUUCUGCUCAUUUGUAUCAACAACAGUUGUUGCAAAAACAUGAACAAUUAACUGUAAACCCACAAUUUGCAGUGCAUUCUGUGACACAAUCAGGACUAUCAAAUAUGUAUAAUACUCCGUACACUUGGGUACAAUAUGAUUGGAGACAUCCAAAAGCAAAACAAUUAAGAUUUUCACAAGAGUUUCCACUUCAGCUUUCAAGAAACAGAGAGUAAGUUUCCUAGUCAUUGCUUUUAACACAAUAUACAUUCUACUUUUUGUUCUUUUUUUUUAAUUCUUACGUCAGAAGGAAUUCUGUAUUGCAUUAUGUAAAAACAGUGGAUAUUCAGUGUUUCACACAAGAUAAAAAUAAGGAAAUGAAGCAAAUAGUACAACGUAAAAAAUUAGAGGAUAUAGUUAGAAAAUUGAAAGAGACAGGAAACAGUAACAUAAACAAUUAGUUCUUUAAGCUUAAGCUUAUAAGCUUAAAAACUCAUUAAGUAAAUUAUUGAAUUAGGAAAGUAGACUGAAUAAAAUUUCUCAUCCUUUCAUUUAUCUUACACCAGUCUCAACAAUUAAUAGAACAUUGAUACGUUUUUGUAUGUACGUAUAUGUAUGUAUCUGUAUUAGUAUACAUAUAUAUAUAUAUUUUUUUUGGCACUGGUAAAAGAUAAUAACUAUGAAUGCUAGAUUAAUCGCGAAUAGUUUUAAUAAUUUUUUUGUAUUUUGAACGAUUGCGUGACAAUUUCUUUUCUAAAUGCAUAUACGCAGGAUAUCAUUCCUUACUGACGCCAAUCGAACCUUAAUACUUACAACAUAUUAACAAAUGUACACGUGUUUCUUCUUUAAUUAACAUAGAACAAAUUUAUCUCUAAUUACUAACAUUUCGUGGUUUAUUUAUAAUUAACAUAUAAUAUACGCAUUUACGACUUUUGUGUAAUAUACACUAUACAACAGUCGUUUUAAUUCAUUAUUUCCUAAGUGUAUAAAAUGGCUUUUAAAAGAAUAAACGACAAUACUAACUUAAGUGUUAUAUGGAUCAUUAGUCGUUAUUGUCCAGACCAUCGCUAUGAAGUAUAACAAAUUACCAACAAGUUAGAAAUUGAAAUUAUUUAACUUUUGGUAAUUUAUUCAACCACAUUUAUCAACUCACAAUAAUCAUUUCUUGUCUCAGAGAACAUUUAAUACACCUACCUCUGCAAAGUCUACAAAUAGAAAUAUUAUUAUAUCAGAUAUUCAAUGUUCUUUAGUAUUGAUAGCAUCAUCUUAACAAUGCUCACAAUACUUGGUAUCAAUACCUAUUUAAAACGUAUUCAAAGAAUUUUUUCUUUCUUCCUGAUAUUAACUAAUGAACAAAGUUAGGCCAAAGGGUUCUUGCAUCAUGUAGUUCAUUUAUCUUUUUUUGGAUUGUCAUUAUCUAAUGUUAUAGUGAUUAAUAAACACAGUAGAUGUGCAUAAGCAAAUUUUCUUUAUACCAUUGAAUUGCACUGUUCAAAGAUUGUUUAUCUAUAUUGAAAAAUAAUAUUUGUAUUCAACAUUAGUAUUUUGAUUAACUUAAAAUGAAACUAAAUCAUAUGGUAACUAUAAUUACUUUAAUAUGCUAUAUAAAAAAAAAUGAAUGAUAAUGUUUGUGCGUAGAAUAAAUGUUGCUGUUUAUUAGCAUGAAUACUUGUUUAUAGAUCAAUUUGAAUAAUAGCCUAAGAUAUCAAUAUUUGAUCAAAUAACUAUUACAUUAGAUUUAAUGCAAAUACCUCUUUAUAUUUUAAUUGAUUUUAUUAUUAAAAUUAAAAGAUACAAAAAAAUUCAUGGUAACAAACUGAAAACAGAAAAAAAUUGUAGAUAAUUAUUCCUACUUAUCUUAAUAGUUUUUAUCAAUGAUUAAUUCAUAGUAAAGAAAGAGUGAAUUUAUUUAGAGAAAAAUAAUAACAACCCUUUUAGAGAGAUGAAACCAAUUUGCAUCCUAUUUAAACGUUAUUUAAAUAUUUGUGCUAUAAUUUGAAGCGUUUUCGGUUAAAGUUUAUACAGAAAUAUAUUAAACAGUGUUGUAGAUUCACGUACUAAAUAUAAGUUUAACAGUUCAUUUAUUAUGAGGUAUUGCAGAUUGUAGCGAGGUAAAGCCUCAAAUACUAUGUUACCGAAAAGUAACAAAGUUGUUUGACAUACAUGACACUCAAAGAGCAUUACAUUUUUUUUGGCAGUGUCCAUACAUAUUUUUUUUUUUUUAUCAUUUUAGGUAAACUUUUAAGCUAAAUAUCUUG